CCCCGCCAGACAUGAUACUUUUCCAUUCUUAUUUGUUUUCAUUUUCAGAAUUUAUUAAAUGAGUUAAAUUCUCAAUUUCCCAAACAAAAUAGUCACUACAUGCUGAAGACUUGCAAUAUGAUCUUUUUUUAACUGUUUUUUUCAAAACUUUGUUGAAAUUUUAAUAUGAACGUGUACAACUAUAUUCAGACAAUUCGUAUGUAAAAAAAUGCAUAAAUAUCAAUGUUAAAUAUCAAUCAGAAAUAAAUAAACCUACUAAAGGAGUAAAGAGUACAAGGCAAUAGUCAUGAUGAACUCAUGACAAAAUACAAACUAUCAUUGUGUUAUUUGACAGUGGCGUUGUAAUGAUGUCACGUGGACCUCGAUGUCACCGCGAGAAGCACUCUGAAUAAAUUAAAAUGAUUUUAAUUAUUAUAAUGAUCACAAUUAUCAUUAUCAUCAUGGCAGUCUAAACAAUUACAAUUGUUGUAUUUUUAUUCCAUUUCUGUUGUAUUUGCUUGACAGUCCCUUUUGAGGAAGCACGUGCCUAAUGUUGGUUGCUAUAGCGACAGCUAAACAACAACUAACAUGGCGUUCAACCCGCAAAGUGCAGAGGUGGAAAAAAAGAUUCGAGCAGCUUUCGAAGCGUUUGAUUACCAAUCAAACGGCACAGUCGAUGUCCGUGAAAUUGGCACGAUCAUCUAUUCUCUGGGUCGCUUCCCCAGUCAGGCAGACCUGCACAACUUCAUUGCUGAGGUGGAAGAGGACCAAACAGGAUAUAUUCACCUGGACCGCUUCCUCCCCGCCAUGACUAAAGUUCUGAUGGAACGCAAGUUCCCUCCCAUCUGUGAGGAGGUUUUGCUUCAAGCAUUUGAGGUUCUUGACAAGGAAAAGAAGGGCUUCUUGGACCCAGAUGAUCUGUCACAGUACAUGAUGGAGGAAGGUGAGGCCUUCACUCAGGAGGAGAUGGAUGAGAUGCUGACAGCCCUCACUGACCAUGAGACCAACUUGAUUUACAGCAAAGAUUUACUCAACCAUCUCAUCCUGGACCCUGAAGUGUAAACUACAGCACAAUAGGCAUUUAUUUCUAUCACAUGUACAUUCCAGAUUUACAGCUCUUUGUUCCAUGUUUCAAUUUAUCCUAUCUUUGUCAUAUUCUCUUACACAUGCAUUAUCCCUCCUAAAAGUUGCGCACUAUAUCAUUGAACGAAACCGGGAAUGUGUUUUGUAUAUGACUUUUUUUUUUUAUCAAACUACAAAAGCACUCAAAAGUGUGGAGUCAAUUUAAGAAACAUGGAUCAUGGCUGGAAGUACUUUGUAACUUGAAGCCACUGGAGCUGGACAUAAUUGGGUUAAAUAUUCACUUUUGGAAGUGAACAUUCUGUCUGUAGUGGCGGUGGUGGGAAAGAACUGAGCACAUUCUCAACGACUGACUGCUGUGUCAGCAUUUAAUCACAGAUUUGCCAUGGAGUGAACAUGCAGCAUGGAUUCAUGCUGGUAUUCUGCUCAGAGGGGGAGGAAAAAAAUCACAGUAACAACAUGAUCCAUUAGCCUUGCCUUCCCAUCACUCUGUGUAUACAUAUUGAAGCACCUUUCAUCCCCAAAAUAAAUUUUAAAAAAAGGCUCAUUUACGUACUUGAUUUAUUUCCAGCAUAUGUUCCCAUCACAGUAUCAACUCAUAAUGACAUGAAGAACAAAUCUAGGUAGCUUAUUUUCUUGACCUCACACCUGUUGUAAUGUAACAUGGAUACAUGUGAAACCCAAAGUGGAUUUAAUGGAAGGUAGUAGUAGAAGUGGAAAGCGGUGAAGUAGAAAGUGUAGUGGUGAAAAGAGUGUAGUGGUGCAUGAGCAGUGGAAUGUUCGUGGAAGCAGCCUUCGCUGCUUCUUUGGUCCUUAGAGAGCGAGAGACAAACACGAUAACAGACAUAAGAAAGAACAAAUAUGAAAUGAGAGUAAAUCCAGCAUCUGCAGUCUCCUGGACGUCUUUUGGGAUAUUUUACACAGCUAGUGACAUUAAAAGAAAUAGCAUGCUCAAAAGCCAUACUUUUCAUAUAUAUUGGGCUCAGCUCAAGUAUCAGCCAAUAUUUUUCCAUUUCACAACAUAUGGGAGAAAGGAUGCAGGUAUGGCCGUUCAAAUAGGACCGGACCAAUCAGCUCGGCUCAUCUUGACUAAAUGUACUAUAACUCAUGACUAGGAAUGAGCAUCGUAAUUCAGCGGGUUGUGUGGAAUCGGUUGUUGAUACCUCGCUGGAAAACAUUUGGGCCCAAAUACCAUGCACUGCAAUUGAUUCACACAACUAGUUUGCUCUUUCAAGAACUAUCAGUUAAGGCCGACACCUACUCAAAACUCUGGUAUGU